AUGCCGGGUAAUGGGGAGCAGAUAGGGAGCUCUUUAACACACCGCGCCGUGUGCCAGCCUACCCGCCGGGAGUGCUCCACUGUCUGCUGGCACCGGAGCCGGGAGGCGACGGGAGGGGGGCGACACAGGAUGGCAGCAAGCCCCGGUGAUACCCGGGUCAUCCCAGGACACGCAGCAGCUGAGGGCGAGCCAGACGGAACCAGUGCGGCACGGAGCGGGGGACGACCCCGGCAGGACGCCUCGCACAACGGCAGACAAGACACUCACCCCCUCGCUGGGAAGUUGAUGCAGAGCGUUGGUUCAAAGGAGGAGACGCAGCGCUCCCUCUCCCCGCUUUCCCUUGCUCCAGGCUGCCAUUCAGUGUGCGCGAAACGCCGAGAGCAGAGCCAUCGAGGGCGGCAGACCCGGGACCAGGAAACCCCUCCAGACUUCUUCUACUUCUCCGACUUUGAGAGGCACAACGCUGAGAUUGCUGCUUUUCACUUAGACAGAAUCCUUGACUUCCGUAGAGUUCCUCCGGUGGCAGGGCGACUUGUCAACAUGACGAGGGAGAUCAGGGAUGUGACGCGUGAUAAGAAGCUGUGGAGGACCUUCUUCAUCUCUCCAGCCAAUAAUGUCUGCUUCUACGGGGAGUGCUCCUACUACUGCUCUACUGAGCACGCUCUGUGCGGCAAACCGGACCAGAUCGAAGGCUCGCUGGCAGCCUUCCUGCCAGACCUGAACCUCGCCAAACGGAAGACGUGGAGAAACCCCUGGAGACGCUCCUACCACAAGCGCAAGAAAGCAGAGUGGGAGGUGGAUCCAGAUUACUGUGACGAGGUGAAGCAGACUCCUCCGUAUGACCGAGGCACUCGACUGCUGGACGUCAUGGAUAUGACCAUCUUUGAUUUCUUAAUGGGUAACAUGGAUCGACAUCACUAUGAAACUUUUGAGAAGUUUGGAAAUGACACCUUCAUUAUUCACCUGGACAACGGAAGAGGGUUUGGAAAACACUCCCAUGAUGAGCUGUCCAUCCUGGUGCCUCUCAGUCAGUGCUGCAGGGUGAGGAAAUCCACCUACCUGCGUCUCCAGCUGCUGGCCAAAGAGGAGUACCAGCUGAGCGUCCUGAUGGAGGAGUCCCUGCUCCGUGACCGACUGUCCCCGAUCCUCAUCCAGCGUCACCUCCAGGCCUUGGACCGCAGGCUCCGGCUGGUGCUGCAGGUCAUUGCAGGCUGCAUAGAGAAAGAAGGUUACGUUAAUGUGGUGGAGGAAGAUCUAGUCGGGGACACGGCCACCCACAGGAGCCCCGGCCACAGGUAGUGAGGGCGAGACUCGAGGGUGACAGAAACUGCCAGUGACACGUGAACUAUGGACCAUUUGUGUGGCUGUUCGACCAAUGGGAUUGCACCAAAAAGUCCCACUUCUGAUAUCAAGCUGAAUUCAGUGAAUUCCAAGACUUGCCAUCAUUGCCUCUCUGGAAACUGCUUUUAGGUGUGUUUAUAUAGAAGAAAUCUACAAACCCCACAAGAGACUGUGCUCACACAGAGGCUUUGUAUUUGUUAGAUACAGAUGUAUUUUGUUGUAUAAGACAUAAAGGAACCACUGCUGUGUUCUGAUUUUGUCCUGUUUGUUUUGAAUAUGGAGGCUAUCAGUUUGUUUUAUGUGUUUUAUUAUAUUAGUCCAUAACCAAAUGAGAGCGUACACUGACUGGGGCAGCAUAUGGUCAGACAAUAAGCUUUAUCAGUUAUCACGAUGUAUGAAAAGGUUGAGAAAGCGUGUGGAAGCUACUUUACUUUUCUUUUUGGCCUGGCACAAACAACCUACAAACAGGAGAAUAGGAGUUUCCAAACAGUGUGUUCUCUUUAUCUUUAUAAGCUUUUUGUCUUGGCACAGACUCGGAGCGGACAGAUUGAAAAUGUUAUCACACACAUCUGAACAGCAUAAACAGCUGAGUGCAAGUAGAUUUGACACUGUAGUUCAAACAGUACCUUCACUUUGCCUUAUUCUGAUUUUGUAUCUCUCUCUCUUUUCCCAUCUCCGCUGCAAGUCGAGCUUGCACUACAUGCAGUACAACACACUUUGAUAGUAUUCUCCAAACCAAAAAUAAUGCAAAGAGACCAGAGUGCUGGUCCCAGGGUUCCCACAGUCAGGAAAUUCCUGGAAAAGUUAUGGAACUAGGAAAACUGUUUUCAAGGCCUGGGAGUGGUUUGAAAUUAUAAGAAUGUUUUGGACAUUUUAAAUCUGCAUUUUUUUGCCCAUUAUUUAAAAUAUGUUCAUGAAAAUUCAACACAUUCUUACUGCUAACUUGUCAAAUACCAACGCUUUGUCAGUGGCGCAUCAAGUCAGAAUAUGAUGCACUAAGCACCCCUUCAGCGCCAGUUUUUGUCGUUCGGGAACAAGAAGUCCAUUUACGCUCGUUCUAUUUAUUGUCACUUUUCAAAAUAAACUUAGAACACGAGUAAAAAAAAAUGUUUUAGAUAAACUUCAUCAUGGUUUGGCUAAAAAUAAGUAAAUUUUUCAAUAAAGUAAUGUAACAUAUUAUACCAUUAUAACAUAAUAAACACAUACAUCACUAGCAUAGUAUGGUACAGAUACAGUACUAGCAUAUUACAUUGUUAUUAAAAUAACUUGACUGACUUUUGGUUUCAAAUGGGGCGGCAUGUUGAUGCAGUGGUUAGCAUUGUUGCUUCACAGCAAGAGGGUACUCCAGCUUCCUCCCACAGACUAAAGACAUGCAGCUUAGGUUAUCUGGUGACUCUAAAUUGCCCCCAAGUGUGAAUGUAAGCCUGUCUGUCACUGUGUGUUAGCCCUGCAAUAGUCUGGUGGCCUGUCCAGGGUGUUACACCCCCCCCCCCCCCCCCUCACCCAAUGUCAGCUGGCAUAGCCUCCAACUCCCCCGCGACCCCAAACAGGAUAAGCGGUGACUGAAAAUGAAUGAAUGAAAAUGACAAACAUCUCCUGGGUGAAAGUCCAGAGUUUGUUUGACCCAUCCACCUCCACUCCUGCCUACCCUAUGCAGACUUUCAUGCUCUCUACACUAAGGUAGUUGCCCGAGUGUCAAAAAUACUGUCACCCAGGACUUCUUAUACCACCAAGAAAGGGUGCCUCUGUGCGUCGGUGUCCAACGAUGAUGGGCCACUGACCAAGCAUCAGUAUUUGACAAGUUGGGAGUGAGACCAGGUUGGAAAAUCCCAAAACAUGCCUAAUGUUGGCGAAAUACAUUCCUUUUAUUACUGAUUUAAAAUCUAGUGCUCUGCUGCGUGACCACUGAACUGUUACUCGUAUCACGUAGCACACAUUGGCAUAUGCGACUAAUUGGUGGCGGGAAUGUCUAACAAGCAACUUAAGUUAGCAAGGGCUAGCAAUUUGCUUAUCCGCAAAAGCCUUGGAAGUGCUUGUUAAAUAACAUAUGGCUUUGGAAUGACUGAUGUAACACAUGGCUCAUGAGAGAGGCAGCACCUAGUGGCGCUGGAUGUAGACUAAGUCUGCACCAAAAUGUGGACAUGUGCAACAUGAGGGCAGCAGCUCUGGUGAGCCAUGCUAAAGGGAAAAAGCAUCAAGACAACCAAAAGGCCGCUCAACAGACUGAUAGCGUCUGCAGAUGUUUCAUAUCCGUUAGCACGUCUACCAGCCCGGGAAGCGAGACAACUCUGCCCAUCUGAUUCAAACUACUUAAAUAAAGUCAUGCAGAAGGGAUAAAAUGAUAAAAUAUUAUGGAAACCAUUAAAAUAUGUGGGAACCCUGUGGUCCAUUAAGGGGCCAGUUCAUUCCAAUGCACUACCAUUCAUAAAUGCCAUUCUUAAAUAUAAUUUUACAAUUAUUGCAAUGCAAAAUGUUACAGUUUGUAUGUUGUGUCAUUUUUAUGAGAUUUCAUGUCCAAAUGACUAUUUAUUGAUGUGUCACAAAGAAUGAGAGCGGUUUAAUGAACUCUAGGUUAUGUUGCUUUAUAUCUUGGGAAAUAUUUACCGUAGGUACUUUAGCAUUUGGAUGCUAUUUAAACCGAUGUUCCUUUGAGUACUUUUUUAUGUUCACACGAUAGGAAAACAACAAAGCUAUUUGAUUUUCAACGCUGCGUUGCAGAAGUGGUCGCCAUGCGGUUUUCAGUUUCCUCCUGACAGUCCUGUGCACUGGCUGACUCGGUACCUGUGCAAUGACAGAAAUACAGUACUUGAAUGUUUUUGGGUUGGCAGUAUGGACAGGAUUCAUUGAGCUACAAACGGUGCAAAGCCGGAGUGGCUGGACUCGAGUCUGAGAAGUGCUUUGGGGGUGAUAAAGAGGUUAAAACGCCUCUUUCCCACUGCAGGGAGAACCUCCUGCACUGUUCUCUGAUUUUCAUAUUCUCAGUGUACAUACCUAUAAAUACUUUGAAGACCUAACAAGCUGCACCGCACAGUGAUUUGCUUCUGUUUUCUGCUAUUGCAUUGUUACUGUGAAGAUCUGUUUACUAAAUGAUUAAAGUGUGCAAUAAAAACAAAA